AUGGGCGACAGCAAAUUGAUUUUGUUGGCGUUCAACUGCCGAGCAGAGACUUCCUACGGACAAGAGAUUCGAGUCGUUGGCUCCACAAAGGAGCUCGGCAACUGGAACCCAGCUUCGGCUCCCUCGCUAAAGACGGAGGCCCACGAAUAUCCGAAAUGGUCGGGAACCCUUGAUUGCCAGGAAUGCACUACGGAGUACAAAUUUGUGAUUUACGAUGCUCGAGAGGGCAGAUCGGUUUGGGAAGAUGGUGUGAAUCGUUUCUUUGGUUUCAACUCGAGCGGUGAGAUCUACACGACUACGGGACCGGCGGAGCUGCACACGCCCCGGUUUGGGGUCGUCGACGGCACCGGCCCACGGAUUGCUAGUGGAAGGAGCAGGAAGACGAGUUUUUCUGAUGAUGAUGCGGCAGAGUAUGCAGUGCCAGUUCCCGUGACGCCCAAAGUCAAGGCGGGAAAUGCCUCCGGCGGUUUCGACGAUGAGCUGCAUUUUGAUGUGGUUUGUGGCGUAACUGGAGUCGGAGAUAUAGUGGUUGCGGUGGGUUCCUGCGAUGAGCUGGGGUGCUGGGACGUCUUCAAGGGUGUGAAGCUGUGUACUUCCGGAGAGGUGUUCCCGAGAUGGAUGGGGACGGUGCACAUGAAGAGCUGUGACGUUAGCACCAUCCAGUUCAAGUUGGCGAUCAUCAAGGGAAAUUCGGCGGAGUGGGAGAACUCAGACAAUCGUCAGCUUCGCCUUCCUGCCGGGAAGGAAGAGGGCCCCUGGCAGGCCCUCUGUGAGUGGAACAACAGCCACUGCCAAGUGCAGCCACUCAGGACCAAGGAUCGCCAGGCCAUGGAAGCUGCAGGCAAGAAGACCAUGGACGGCAAGGACGGCAAGGAAGAUGCAGCCCUGGUGAGGGCCGCCUUGUCGCCCACAGCCAGUGGCGCCGACACUUCUGCAACCAGUGCAACAAGUGCAACAAGUGCAACCACUGCAACUUCAUACCCGAGAAUGACUGCACCACCGCAGAUUCUCGGGCAGGCCACAGAACACCUGAUGAAGAAGCAGCCCCACACUACGACGGCCGCUUUUGGCGAUGCCCCACGGCGAAGUACGUCUUUGAGCCUGUUGGGGGUGGACCGGCCGCUCCUGGCGGAGCAGUGGGCGCGCAGGAAGGACUCUGGCCCUCCUCCAAAGGAGCAGUGCCUGAAUUUCAAGAUGAAGAACUUGGCCGAGAACGAUGCCAAGAAGAUGUCUGUCGAGGUCGUUUUCCAGGAGAAAAGCCAAAGACCGGCCAUGGCCCUCGAGCUGGCAAACUACGACAAGGAGGAGCAGCAAGCAGCUUGGUCUCUUGCGGUCCCUUCCGCGGAUUUGACCCCUGGCAUCCAUUUCUUCCACUUCCGUGUCAACGGGGUCGUCGUGGUUUCCUGCGAGCACAUGCGGCUUGGUCGGUGGAAUGCAAUGCAUGUGAGUGAUCCAAUUCGUCGCUACUUGUUGGCCCGAGACAGCAAGGGUCAGCUAUCAGAGGAUGCGCCGAUUGUCGAGAAGACACGCUCCAAGAAGAUUGGUGACAUGGCCAUGGACUCCUGUGUGGGCUCCGGGUCUACAGCAGACGUGGUUGGCCUGCAGGAACUUGGUGGCCAAAACAACAUCGCUCGCCCAUACAGCGUGUGUGGGAAUUUGGUUGGCAAUGCAGAUUCAGAUGACGAGGCAGCUGGCCAGGACAGCGGCAACUCCUUCAGCCCUUUUGCAAAAGAGGUUUACGAAGGCUUGUUUGACCGGGAGCUCAUGCUCCGUUUGGACGGGGUCGUCCUCCCAGAGACUCCGGCACCCCCUGCAGGGAAGGAACCACUCGAUGAAGGAUCCGAACUCCGCUUGUGGGCCGGUGCGCACUUGAUCAAGAAAGCUCACGGUGCUUGUGAAGACGCCUAUUUUGUUGAUCCGCAUGGCAUGGGUGUGGCUGAUGGAGUCGGCUGCAUGGUUCAAUUUGCCAGCUACGGGAUCAAUGCUGCCCAGUAUGCAGCAGAGUUGAUGGAGUUCUCCAGCGCCGCUCUGAAGCCCGAAGGCUUGGCGUCCGAAGGCAAGAUUCGCGACGAUGUUGCAGAGCGUGCUGCUACGGCGUUGGCACAUGGUGAGUCUCACGCGGCGGCAUACGGCGCCUCCACGGUUGCCGUGCUCUGCCAGCAAGGAAACCAGAUUGGAGUCGCUAACCUUGGCGACUCGGGCUUUAUGCUGCUGCGCAAGGGCCCUCAUGGAAUGAAUAUCAUCAUGAAGUCGGAGGAACAACAGCACAGCUGGAAUUGUCCGUAUCAGCUCACUCGUUUGCCCAAGGCGUUGCUGAACCGCUUUCCAAAGCUGCAGCUGGACAAAGCUAGCGAUUGUGAGCGCUACACAGUCGAAAUCAAGGAGGGCGACCUUGUGCUCAUGUUCUCGGAUGGGCUCCGUGACAACCUCCAUGACCGGGAGGUGCUCAGCAUCGUAGAUCGAGCGCUGCCGCCAGCACAGGCCGACAUGCUGGGGCUGCUGGACCGUUGCACGCCGCCGGAGACCAUCGCCAAGGCACUGGCCCUGGCCGCCCAAGAAAGGUCCAUGGACCCGACAGCCAAGGUGCCCUUCGUGGAAUACUCGAAGCGACAUGGUUUCGAAUGCCUGGGUGGGAAGCAGGACGACAUCACUGUGGUAGCCUCCUGGGUAGUCGCAGAUGAGUCAAAGCUCAGUCCCGACGUGGCUGACGUGGAGGCCAUCGUGCAGGACAUGCACACAGCAGCGGCAGCAGCGCCUCAGAAGAAGAUGUCGCGAAAGAACUCUGGCCGCAUCCACUCCGGUGCCAAGAAGGGCGGCUUUGAAGCCAGGACACGCGCUGGGGAUUCGGUCUUGGCCGGCGGCAACAGCAAGAAGGAGCUCCGUGGGCACAGGAGGACAGAAUUCCGCCCAAUGAGCUCCUCCAAGGCCGUGUAA